UCAUAAUAAUUUUAGGUGAUAACAGCUGCAGUGUUCAUGAAGGGGGAGCCACUCGGAGUAUCCGAUAAUUGGGAAACGUAAACAAAAUGGAUGACAACCAAUCUAGCACACAAAUUCCUGGGACUCCAGUAGUGAAAUACCACCGCCGUUUGGACCGGGGUCCAGAUAAACAUUUCCAGAAACUCAAUGGGGAUAGCAAAGUUUUGCUCAGUACAUUGCGUGGUGCGCUUGAAGAAGCGAAGAACCGAAUAGUGCGCCUCAGGGACGAAAACGAUGAAAAAGAUGAAAUAAUUGAUGAAGAAAGAAAAAUGCGGAGGGAUGCAGAACACAGGCUCCAAAAGUAUCUUGUGGAUCUUUAUAAUAAUCCUGAUGUUAAUGGUGAGCUGCGUUCACGCUUGCCUCGUGCGAAGAAAAAAGACCCAUUAUCUGAGCUGGAUAGUGACUUUGGUGGUCAUGAAACUAAUGACGACACUGAAGGACUUCAAGAUGACACUGUUGGUGGCUCAAGGAAUGAUGUCAGCGUUACAUCUGAUAAGGAAGACGGGAGUCAGAUGAGGAAAUCGAAACUAGCUAGGCUGUCAGAAAAUGGAAUGGAGAUAGACACUGUCUCUCACUCUGGUAUCAGUGCACUCCAUGAUCCUGUGACUGGGGAACAGGUGGUGGUACCUGGUCCUGGGGAGUCAGGGCAGGGCACAGAUGGGACAGGUGUGUUGCUGGCAGACAACACUGGUAUGCAUGAGAGAAAGGCAGACUCAAUUGCUACCAGUUUAGCAGAGAGCUCUGGGUAUCUUGGCCUUCCCUCUCCCCACACAUCCCCAGUGUGGCAGGCAAGUGUGGCUGAUAGCCUUCCACCUAUAAUGAACCCGCUGACUUCUGGUAGCCAAGUCCUGUCUGCUUCUUCGUCUUAUCAGGCAUUACCAACAAGGCAAGGUUUAGGAGAUGUUAAUGGUGAUGAUGGCGUGCGAGAACAAGUGGAGCAUAUAUUGAAUGGUGGUGGACUGGCGAAUCCUGAUCAGCAAGUACCUUCUGUCUCACCGGAUCAUCCCCCUGUGCUUCAAAUGACCACAACAGUCACAUCUCCAGUGUCUGUGGGAGGUGGAAAUGUGUUGCCAUCAGCUGUAUCACAGAGUGGCGUAUAUUCAACCCCUCUGACACAUCAUCAUCAACAUCAUCGUCCCGGGAUGCAUUCAGCUCCGCUGUUGCAGGGAGGAGUAUACCCGACACCACCUUUAUACUAUGGAAGUGUGUAUGUUCCCCCUUCAUCAUUGACCCAUACCGGGCUCCUAGCAACACCACCCAUCACUUCCAUGAGGACAGGUGGUGUACCUGAUCAUGUUAGUCACAUCUCAAGACUGUUGGUCGAGAUUGCUACUCUUAAAAAAGAGAAUGAAGAGUUGAAGUCAGAGCUGAAAGAUGCAAAACGUGAUCUGGAAAUAUUAAAGUCUGAUGCCCGCAGUGAUGUUGAUGAGAGCCUUGAACAAAUAGGAGUACUUAUAGAGGAGGUACAUGCUGCAGAGAAGAUUAGAGAUGCAGCGAUGACACAGAUGAUCAGGUCAGCUGAUGAUGACCGGGACGCUACGCUUGGGGAACUGGAUCGCAUGAGACUCCGGAGUGUCAAUAGGUCUGACCCGUUCCUUGUCUCUGAGACGGAAGUGUCUGAUGAUGACAUUGAUGAUGGGAUUGAGAACACCUCAGGAUCAUCCCUGAAUCUCUCUGGAGGAAAUGCACCAGUCAAUAAGCGCAGGUCCCUUCAGCACAUGGAAAGGAUGCUGGCAAAGCAGCGAGAAGUCAUGAAACAGCAGAUGCAGCUGGUGAUUGGUCAAAGGGACAGUGCCAGGUCACAGGUAGCAAAACUGGAGAAAAAGCUUUCAACCCUGGAACUCACUGGCCUCAAUGGUCCUAGUGAUAACAGAGUAAAGGCGAAGUUGAAAAUAGUAGAGCAAGAGAGGGACAUGGUGGUCGCUAAACUCAAGUUCCUCAUGCAAGAUGUCAAGGAGACUGCCCUGCUAAGCAAUCUCGAGAAAGCCCUUCUUACGGAUGACCCCAGCAACAACCUCAGCUCUUAUCAGGAUGGGAAAGAGAAGAAAAAUGCAGAUUCAGAGUUCAACAAAAACAACAAUGUGGCAGCCCAGCUAACACAGCAUGCGGAGGAUAAAGCAAAACUUGAGGCUCAGUUAGCCAUAUUGGAGAAUGAGAAACUAGCACAGGCGAAUCAGAUCAAGAAACUGGAACAGUUGGUCACCAGACAACGUCACAAGUUGAAUACACUGUGUGCUGGGCCUCUGUUGAUGGAAGAAAAUAAGUGAUGGAUAUCUUCUUGGCUGGUGACUAAAGCCAGGUGCUACAGCUUGGCUACAGAUUUACAGAUGUCAGAACCAUGCUGCUGAUCUCAAGUGAUUUGACAGGGAUUGUUGUUUCUGUCUUUGUUAUAAUGCAUUCCUCCAGCUUUGUGCUUUCUAUUUUAAAACACAAUAUUUUUUCUAUUGUGCAUGUAAUACUGCUUUAUAAAACUUCAUAUGUUCAGAAACAAAGUGUCACUGGUCUGGCACAGAAUUCUCCAGGAUUAGGACUAGGAGGUGUAUUUUAUAGAGGGCAAAUGAACUUGAUCAGAGCAAUAAGAAGGACUGUUGUACAUUUACUCAAUUUUGCCAAAUGAUAUGGAUAGCAGAUUUGAGUAUUCCUGUCAAAUCUGAACAGCAGGGGUAAUAUUUAUGUGUAUCUUUGUGUGAACCCUUAUGCUCUUGCAAAUGAGUGUAUAUGUGUCAAACCAGAGAACUUGGUAAUGAUCACGCCUUACCUCUAUCUCAGAGGAGGUUAAAUCCACUAUGCCGGGGCCUUCUUUUGGUAUGAAAUCCAAAAUUGACGUACAUGUCACUAAAUUGGCCAUUAAAUCAAGACAAGUGAACCUAUUUUGAUAGUUGUUCAUCUAAUGAAUGAACUCCUGGUAAAAGAAACCUGUUUAUGGAAGUCAUUGUAAAGGAAUGUGCCUACGCUGCUGCCAGUGCCUCUCGUCACUUUGGUUCCGACCAGUGAGCUGCUGAAAGUGGUUUGCCGGAGAUUAUAAGGAGUUAAAAUGCUCCUCGUGGUUUUGAAGGACCAAUAGAAAUUGGUCUCCUCAGGAAGUGAUUGUUGUGUCUAUCUGUUUGAUAAUAGUACAUUUUGAAUGAAAAGAUUUGAUGUUGAUUAUGAAUUGUAAUUGUAAUUAUAGACUGCAGGGUUCUCCUUUUGUCUGCCUUUUGUCAUACUAUGUUAGGCGUCUCUCUGGUGGGCUUCUCUUUUAAAAAGCUCUUCAAGUCUUUGACUAUGAUUGUGUUGUCAGAAUAAAGUUCAGACCACUUGGGGAGUGCGUAUGUGUGUACAUAUGCAUGUGUACACAAACGGCAUAUUUGUACCUGUGUUCUGGAGUUGUUAAAAUUGUUUUGUUUCAGAGAUCUUAGCAUCCAGUUUUACAUUCAGUUGUGUGCUGUUCAUUAUCUGUAUAGAUAUUUGGUUCCUAAUGCACUGCUAAAUGUAUGAUCUGCUGAAUUUUGAAAGUAGGCAUUGAUCUGUCUAGAAGCAUCACUGAGAGAUGCCGUGAGAAGCUUUUAUUUUAUUAAAGAUGAAAUAAGCUGAUCUUGGUGUUAUUAUAGGAAUGUAGUGGCAGGUUGAAAGUCACCAUGGUUUUAGUCAGUUAUAAUUUAUGUCACGGAGAAUGUUGUGCUUCAACAGUGUUAUAAACUCAGUCUCAUGCGAUUAUCAUUUUCUCCCAAUUGUAUGGUUUUUAACACUGGGAGUACCUUACUUCACUAGCUUUGAUCAUUGUUUCAUCACAAUGCUUUCAGCAAUAUAAAAAUGAGACAACUGAUUGUUUUCAAUUUGUGAUAAGAGUACUUAAGAUGUUUUUGUGAUUCAUGAUUGCUGUAACCUGUUAAGUUCUGUCCCUGUGAGCCUACAGGGCCCCUUGCCCAGAUUUCCUAAGGGGUAAUUGCUAGUUUUAUGGAUUCAGUUGAAUAGACGCAUAGGUGUAACCGAUGCUGAGUUAUGCUCUCAGGUUGGUGGGACUAGAAAGAAUGAAUAGGACAUGUAGGGGUUGAAUAAGGAGAGGAGCACUGUAGAGGUUUUUAGUCUUGUUCGGGGAUUGGAGAUAUUUAUUCUGGGUGGUUGGAGGAUGCCACUGGUAGGUUCUUCUUCUUUUCUCUGUUGUUUUUGUCCGUCUUUCUUACUUUUUCCCUACACUUGAUGACUGUUGCUUUCUCAGUGUGCCUCUCUUUACUCGAACAAAAAAACAAGUAGAUUUGAUCACGCCGUAUUAGCUGUACGUUUGCUUAGAAAUAUUUUUGUUUGCCAAAUACUUGUGUAUGAUGUUCCAGCAGAAUGUAAAACUUAAUAUUUUUAUCUGUGUUGAGAAAUGUAGUUUGACAAUAUCAAGUUGUUAUUACUGCUACAUAAAAGUACACAGUUUUGCUUUGAGUAAAGCACAUUACCGUACGGCAGUCUUUGAGUGCUAACAAAGAACUGCAGAGACAAACAGGAACAAGAGAUUGAAAGCUACAAAGGACAUGAUGCCAUUUUUUUACAGAUAAAAAUAAAGAUAUAUUUCAUAUUUGGUUGCCUUAACUCUCUUGUUGGAGGUCACUGGCGAUAAAAGGUGUUUAUGAGGACUGUGUAUUCCUCAGUUUUAAGAGAAACGAUAUUAUCUUUGUACUGAUUUUAUUGUAAGCAUUUCUAUUCUCGUGUGCCUUAACCUGUCUUGCAUUUAGAUCACUACUAUUUUGUAUCUGCUUGUAUUAUGUCUGUGAAAAGGUACUAUUUUUGCCUAUGAAGUAAGACGAUUGACCACAGGCUUGGCUUAUCCAAGGAAGAUUCAGGUAUGAAUGGGGUUCAGAAGCAUUGUGUCAGGCAGGGUAUUAUGCUUGUGGGUUGUUGUUUUUUUAGUUAGAUAAAGUAGCUUAUUAUUUAAAGUACAUAUCUGUGAAACAGUGUGAAGUCAGCAAUGUGUAUAUGUGAUUAUGUUGAAUGGCUAAUCUGAACUCAUUUAUGGUAAAUGAUUUCUCAAACGUUUGAAGAAAAAAAAAGAUAUUUUGAGUGUACCACAGAUAGUUAUGAAUGCAGGAUUGGCAGAGAUAGGAACAGAUCAUCAUCAUCAUCGUCAUAAACAUAAACAGCGUUAUCAUCAUCAGAUCAUAUGUUGUAUAGUAAAAUGAAAAAAAGGCCUUGAAUAUUGACACUUUAUUACUAAAAAUAUCUGUAUAAAUUUUAGAUCAUCAUCGUCAUCGUCAUCAUCAGUGUCAUCAUUUACAUCAUUGUCAUAGAUGUAAUCAGCCUUUUCAUUAUCAUAAUAUGUUAUAUCAUAACGUGAGAAAAAGGCUCUUGAAUAUGGACAAUUUAUUACAAAAAAUAUGCAUCUCUAUUUUAAAUCGUCAUCGUGAUUGAAAUCUCCACCAUCUUAUAGACUUCGGCUUUCUUGAAUCCGGAAGACUUUUCCUGUUUAUUUCCUGCCCCUUUUAGUUUUGUUAUCUGAGUAUUCUGUGUUGAUGACUACUGGCUGCAAUAUUAUGUGAUAUCAAAUAUAAGUUUACACUUUUUUGUGAUACAAUUGUUUUACUUCGUAAUUAUGUCUAUAAAUCCUUUGCGCAUAUUAUGUUAUCAUUUGGCCUUUAUUUUUUUGUAUUCUGUAGUUUGAUACAACUAAGUUCAUAUAUGAUGUAUUCUAUUUGCUUGCAAAGUUAUGAAUACCAUAUUUAGUAUCCUGUACACAGUUCAUGCUUCUUGGUAGUAAGCCUCUUUAUAUGUCCCAUCACUGUCACAGUAGAUUGACUGUAAGUGGAUUCUGAUUUGGAAGAAAAAUAAAUUGAUCUUUAUGUAAGCGAAGGAUACUGUGUCU